GCUGCAGAGAGUGGACAGAGUCUGACUCUAUGAAAGAGGAAACAGAUUUAUCUACACGCUCACAUGGACCUAAAGCUGCUCGUUUCCUCAGAACCUUCGCCUCCAGACACCUCUCCAGCCUGAAUCCCUGCAGAGACAACCAGAGGUGGAGACGCCUUGGAUGGAUCAUAUAAAAACCGAAGGGAGCAGCAGGGCCUCUGUGACCUAUUGAGAAAUAACUCUGCCUCUGAUGCAUGAAUGAAGGCUUACUCGGUAAAUAUCUUAAGAAACAUUUUAAUUGGUUCUUUUCCUUUCAAACAAAGGUUUUAUGGAAGGAGACACUGUUCACGGAUUCUGAGCUUAUUUUAAACCUUCAACCCUCUUUCUGCGCCUCCACAACACGCACACAUCACAGCUUGGUCCAUAAAUGCUCGACAAGCUCAAGCCCGUGGUCCAGCUGGACUCGGCUAUGGUGAUGGGCAAGACGGUGGGAUGGCUACGAGAGCAACUGGAGAGCUGUGGGGACAGCCUGUUGGUGAUGGACUGCCGGGCCCAGGAACUCUACGAGUUGUCGCAUGUUGAAACUGCCAUCAAUGUGGCCAUACCAAACCUGAUGCUGCGUCGCCUGAAGAAGGGCAACCUGCCCAUCAGGUCGCUGUUUUCCAUCAGGGAGGACCAGGACAGGUUGGUGCGCCACGGUGAGACGGACACCAUCGUUCUGUAUGAUGAGUCCAGUCGUGAUUGGAACGAGAAUGUGGAUCGUGGGGCUGUGUUGGGUCUACUGCUGAGGAAGAUGAAGGAUGAAGGCUAUAGAGCCUUUUAUUUGGAAGGAGGCUUCAAUAAGUUCCAGGCAGAGUAUCCCAAUCUGUGUGAAACCAGUUUAGAUGGCUCUAAAAUGAUGCCGGGCCUUGGCGGGCUGCGCAUUAGCUCGGACUCAUCAGACAUAGAGUCAGACAUUGACUGGGAACUGAGCAGCACCACCACAGACUCAGACUGCAGUCCGCUGUCCAACCAACAUCCCUCCUUUCCUGUUGAGAUCCUGCCACACCUCUACCUUGGCUGUGCCAAGGACUCCACAAACCUAGACGUGCUGGAGGAGUACGGCAUCAAGUACAUCCUCAAUGUGACCCCCAAUCUGCCCAACCUCUUUGAGAAGGCUGGCGAGUUUAAGUACAAACAGAUCCCCAUCUCAGACCACUGGAGCCAGAACCUCUCACAGUUCUUUCCUGAGACCAGCAGCUUCAUUGAUGAGGCUCGGGAACAGAAGUGCGGUGUCCUGGUCCACUGCUUGGCUGGCAUCAGUCGCUCCGUCACUGUCACAGUGGCCUACCUGAUGCAGAAGCUCAACCUGUCUAUGAACGAUGCCUACGAUAUCGUCAAGAUGAAAAAGUCCAACAUCUCCCCCAACUUCAACUUCAUGGGCCAGCUCCUAGACUUUGAGCGCACUCUGGGCUUGACAAGUCACAACCACAUGGCACAGCCGAACCAACAGCUCUACUUCACUUCCCCAACUAAGCACACUGUCUUUCAGCUGGACCCCCUGCAGUCCACAUGAGGUCUGACCUGAGCGGGCACCUUUUUCCUGGAGCUUUGUCAGGGCCUCCUCUUGAACAAGUUGCAGUUCUUUUUCUGUUGUCGCUGUGCUAUCCGGUCCUUGAUGCUGAUCGUAGUUACAGGAGAGCCAAAGCAGGCAGGCAAACAUGCAGCUGCUGCUGUCUAAAUGAGGAGAGGCAAGAAGACAUUUAAAGAGUGCAAACACUUUCUAAAAUACUAUUUCUGUCACACAUUCAAGGCAUUUUAUCUGUUUUAGUCAGUGUAUCUAAGGAAACUUAACUUGUUUUGUUGAACAGUUGUAUGGUGUGCUUCCAUAUUCCCAGGCUUGUGUACCAAAAAGAUAUUACUCGAGAUGGACAAAAAAAAACCCUGAUUUUAUUUUUGGGGUCUAGCAUGGCUUCCUCCAGGACUAUAGGGUACUCUGUCUCCAGCUUCAGUCAAGACAUGCUUUUGUAGGGUUGAAGCACUUUGGUUUCAUAGGGCACCAUGCCAACUUUAUAUACAUAUGUGCGUGUGUGU